AUGCUUCUCAAAAAUAUAAGUAAUUUGUCUCUAAUGACCCCCAUGAGACGGUGGAUUUUUAAAAUCAUCUUUAUUAUUCUUUUCUCAAAAGUUACAUGCUUGGCAAAUGCAUAUAGAUAUAUAACAACUGAUAAUUUACGUACUGACAGUCGUAAGUUACAAAAUCUAUUUUCUAGUAUCCAUAAGAACGCAUCUGAAAAUAUAUCCUAUCCAGAGAUGUUUAAUCACAUUCGAAUAGACAGAGAAUAUAACACUUACAUAUUUUUUCUUAAGUUUGCAAAAAUAACUAAUAACUUGAAUCAAGCCACUGAUAUCAACGAAAAUAUAAUUGUAGAGAAUUUCUCUAAACAUGCUGCUUCAGAUAUUAACUUCAAUCAUAAAUUGCAUUAUUAUAUUGGUAUCAACACAAAUAUACGUAAAGAAAUAUUAAAAAAUCAAAAGUUUACAACUUUAUUUCGCAUUGAUCACAAUGGAAUUAAAUCACAAAAGCUCAUUGACAAUUAUAGAAACAAAAGAAAACCUAAAUAUGAAAUUGAUAUAAUGUUUUCAACAAAUUAUAUAAGUGAAAAUUUUGAAGAAGAUUUAAAAUAUGCUACUUUAAUCAAAAAAUCAUAUGAUGCUAAUGAAAAAAUUGCCAUAGAAACGUCGCUAUUCGAUAGCAAAUUGUUUUUUGAAGUUUAUAAAAACUUUGUAAAAAAGAAUGAGAAAUUAAUAAAAAUAAAGCGUUUAACAAAGCCUGGAAAGAAAUUAUCGCAUACUCUCAAAACGCGUUCAUUCCAUGUUUUAGUUUUUAAAAAUUUUUGGUCGAAAAUAAGGGCAAAUUAUAUGCAUAUUGGAAAUAUUAUUAAAUUGUGGAACUGUCUAAGCAGGCACUUCAUCGUGAAUGGCAAUGACAAAACCGUAAAAAGGUCAUCAAACAAUGAUCUUUUCAUAUGUUUUUGUGCAAGCUUAGUCACCACUAAAAACAAUAAACAAGUACUAAAUUUCUUAAAUUAUAACCUCAAGAAGUCCGCAACAUUUCAUAUGCAUCAAAACUACAAUAACUCUACCUCAUCAGAAAAACAAGUUGAUAUUAACGAACGAACAGAGUAUAUGCCAUCGAAGACAUACUUGUAUUUUGAACUGAAUGAUACUGUUGAUGAAAAUACGAUUUUUAAUAUCUUUGACACAUUUUCACAUGCAUUAUUGAUAUUAACCUCCAAAGUAUCAGAAAAAAUUAUUUUUCAAAACAUUAGAAAUAUAUAUCGUGAGACAGAUGAAGUUAGAUAUCAUGAAAUGUAUUUUCGUUGUAUUUAUCAUAUUAUAAAAACCAUUCAAUUUACAAAGAUGUUAAAGGAGUCAUAUUUAAGCAAUAUUAAAAUAAUAACGAAUUCUGAUACACGACUAUCGUGCAUCAUUGAUGAACUCGAUAUAUGUUUUUAUAAAAUGCACAAGAAUGUUUGUAAAUUAUUCAAUCAGUGGGUCAUUCCAUAUUUGAAUGAAAUUAAUCAAGGAAGAACAUUAUAUCAAAAAGUUGAAGACAGUAAUCAUGGAAAAAAUUAUGACAAAAUUUUUAAAAACAAGCGAUAUUUGAAAGAUUACAUUUGUAGCUUAUUAGCUAAAUGGCUCAAAUUAAUUGAUAGUUGUGGUCUUUUGAAUGCUAAAGCCCUGAAGUAUGGUAUUUAUAUUAACUGCCUUAGCAUAUUAAGAACACAUCAAAUCAUUUAUACAUUAGCAUCUAUGCUUACUGCAAUAAGUAGCAAGUCAAUUCACCAUCUUAACUUUCACCUACUUCUUGAGCACAUUGUUCUCUCGCAAUUCGAUCCAGAAAAAGUCGAAUUAUUUUUCGAUCAAUAUGAACAAUACUAUAAGAUAAAUUGUGGAAAUAGUAAAUAA